AUGGGUUGUGUAGAGACUAGAGAGCACAAAGUUGUCGAAUCAAAAUCCGCCCAAACUGAAGAAGAGUCUACUAACCUCCCUACUUUUUAUUCGUUUGCAUCUACCCUAGAAACUACUAAAGAUGCUCGAUUUACUUCAGAUACUCAGACUUCCACAAAUCUUCUCGAAGAAGAAUUGACUGCAUUGAAGCUUGAGAAAAAAUCCCUUGAACACACCAUUUUAGCUCUCUCAGAUCAAGCCAAACUUUAUGAAGCAAAAUCUGAAGCUCUUCAACAGUCCAUUCUAUCCCUUUCUCAAGAAGUUGAAAAAUUAAAAAAUUCCCAACUUUUAUGUGAAAAUGAAAACAAAACCCAAAAAGAAAAGAUUCUUGAGCUCAAUGAUACUAUGAAAAAACGUAGUGAAGAAUAUAAUCAAUUAUUGGCAAAUGCGUAUGAUAACUCGAAAAAUGACAAAAUAGCUAUAGAAGAUCUGAAGAGAAAAAAUUUUGAGUUAGAAAAAACGAAUAAAGUAUCAAAUUUUACAAUGAUUAAGAGUUUACAGCAUGAAAUAGAACAGUCUAAUAAGGAAGAAAAGCUCAGAUUUAUUAAAGGAAUUAAGGCAGGAAGUUUUUCUUUUGGGAGUAAAGAGGAAUUAAGAAGGAAUUGAAGAAGUGGAAUCUUAAUAGAGGAAGAAGAUACAAUCUAA